CCAACUUCAUCUCAAUUGAUUAAGACACCGUCACAGUCAUUUCUGCGAUGACAAUGGAUUUCCUGAGGACUUAUCGGAGCAGAUAGCUGGUAGCCUCUCACGCCGCUAGCACGGACCCUUGUCGCAUUUACGUAGGACAAUGGUGUCCGUCCGGUUUCCUCGUUAAAGACUUCUGCUUCCGACCGGUUCCUGAACUGAACACUCCUUUUUUCUAAUCUGUUUAUUAUUAUUCCCCUGAAGCUUUCUUUGUCACAUCUUUUACAGUCCCUCCUUCCUUCCCACCUUCUCAUUCUCAUGGGGCAGAAUGGCAGCUACGUCAGCACUGGCAAAUCGCCACAUUGUAUCUACUAUCCUUCAUCAACUAUCUGACAUGAAGUAUAAAGUCCGCCGACAAUUUGGCCCGGACCAGCCCGUUGAGUUUCUCGAAUUCCGUCCUACGCUGGUGCCAGCAAUUCUUGUGAACAAGUUGUGGGCAGAUGAGGGCACCUCGAUUCUCUGGAAGCGAUAUCCGCACCUUCCGGCGUUAAAGACCAUGGAUCAGGCAAGACGACAGUACUACGCCAACAAGGUCCACCAGAUAUUUUCAAUGAGUCCGCCACCAGGGCAUUCGGUCACCUUAGAUUAUCAGGACGACCUGCAAUGGACGAAUUUAAAGUCUCUGGAAUUAGAGGUGGACUUCUUGAGGCAUGGAGCGCACUUUCUGCCUAUGAUUCAUCCUGGACUCGAGCAUUUGGAGAUAUCAGGCCCUCAGAGUGGUGGGCCGGAAUACUUUACGGAAGUACUACUCCCUUCUGUAUUUACCCCUUGUCGGAGCCUCCAGAGCAUCAAAUUUGGACCUGGUGUCCUCUACGACGAGGAUACCGUAGAUGCAAGCGUUCUUUACGAACACCUCGACUCAAUACCUUCCCUCCGAAACGUGGAACUGAAAGGCACAAGUUUCAUGGAUAAGGAUUCGCUGUUUACACGUCUGAGUCAACGUGCCGGCCUCGAAGGCCUGGAGAUCGAUCUCGAUCCUGGCAUCGCUCUUUUGCCGCAGCUUGGUGGCCCAAAUGCCCUUCCGCUGUUUACUUCGUUGAAGCGCUUGACCAUCAUGUGUUAUCCUGAGAUUGCUCUUGCCCUACCAUCCCACCUUGCCCUCAUCGAGGAACUCCAGUUUGAUGUAUGCCGAGUGCCUGAAGCGCCUGCCAAGGACGAAGACUUGACAAUAUUCGAAGAUUUAUUGGCGAAGCUAUCAAAUUGUCCACAAUUGAAGAUGCUCAAGGUCGCGGUCGGUGCCAUGGCUAUCAAUUUCCCAUCCUUCAUGGUCUUCCCCAAACUUAGCGGCGCUUCUCUUCUCAGUCUCGCUUCCAACUGUCCAAAGCUGGAAGACCUCAAACUUUUGGCUACGGAGCCCUCGGCUAUCGAUGGUUCGGAUAUUACGAGCGAAAACUUUGAUAUGUUUUGUCAGACACUUCCACGGCUUCGGAACAUCAGCUUGAAGCUGUCCCCUACAACCGCUACCGCGCUAGAAGUGACUGCGCUUCAAAGCCUUGGAAAUCAUUGUCGAGAGCUUGAACUCGUUCGACUCAAGCUUCCAUUCCAACUUCCCAUCCUACCAGUUCCUAGUCAUAUACCCCGAAUAUUAAUCGACGGAGGCUCCAGCCCCAAUACCCCGACCGCUGAAGAGACGUUCGAAACGUCAUUUGACGAGCCCAACUCUCCAAAUAGGUUUCGAUCAGCUUCAGAUAUGAGCGGAGUGAGAUCAGAUCAUGAAACAAUUGCUGAUUUUUACCCCCUCUUUCCUCGCCUAACGCACCUUGCCAUUGCACGACCCGAGAGCAUCCUCUUAUCGUCCGACGACACUUUCACCAACUCUUCCGCAUCCUGCGGAGGCCCCCCAUCAGAGAUUCUCGAUCCUGAUCUCGAAGCAGACCUCGUCCGCUCAUGGGCGCACCCACUUCUGGCUCAUUUUCCAAGCAUCGAAAUCCUAGAAGCCUGGGGUGAUUGUGUGGGCCAAGACAACGAGUCGCUGAAUUACUUCCUCCCCACGGAGGAAAUUCUCGCGAGUACAUGGGAGUUCCUGAGCGGUGCUGAGCAAGAUCUAUGGGAUGACGAGGAAGAAAUUGGUAGCUGGAAAACAUACGAGAGCGGAGAGGACUGGGAUACACCUUCUUACGUGGACAGUUUUGUUGGGGUUGAUGACGCUAUGCCAAAGUUGCGGAAUAUCGAGGAAGAAUCGGAGGGUCGGAUUACUCCCGGGCGUGUACCAGACCAGCUCCAACUCUUUGAUACCCUAGUCACCCACACCGAAUCGAAGCCGCCGCUUAAUACUAUUCAUAUUGAGGGAGAGGAGCUGGACGCCACUCCCCGAAUACCGACUGAUGCACUUGGCUAUUCAAAGAUCUGAUGAGGCCGUGUGUUUGGACGGCUAGUAUCGUCAGUCCGUAUGAGGUAUCCUUCAUAGUUUUUGAUCCUGUACAGGUCCAUUUCGACUUUCUGGAACCUGGAUGCUCUUAGUAUACACAGUGGCCUAGCUGGUUUAGGCGCUUCACUCAUGCAUAUUAUGACUGACGAUUAUGAUUCUGCACAUGAAUAUAGAAGCAAUGAGCCGUUCCAAAAGCACAAGGUUUGUUUCUAAAGCACACAUGUUUCAUCCCACAUAAUAAGAUAUUGGAUUACACGUUCAGUUUGGAAUUCUAGCACGAAAAUGUUUCACUUCUGUCAUCACAUCAUUGGCGCUUUUCCUCAGCUAUCAACUGCAACUAAACGCAAUACACAGACAUCUAAAGUAUCAC